CGCACGGUGGAGUUUUCAUGUCCGCCAUGUUGGCCAUGGCGUGCUGAGGGCGGCGGGCGAGCGCGGCGCGCAGCGGCACAGCCUCCCGCGCUCCCGGCUGGUCCAGCGCCCGGACGGCGGGCUCGGCGCUCCGCCCCUCGGGUCCCGGCGGCGGUCGGCGAGCGGGGGCCGGGCCCGCGGCGCUCCAUGCUCCCGCUGGCCGGGGCCGUUUCGCCUGCGCGGAGACGACGCGGCGGCGGAGAUGAGUAAACUGUCGUUCCGGGCGCGGGCGCUCGACGCCUCCAAGCCGCUGCCGGUCUUCCGCUGCGAGGACCUGCCCGACCUGCACGAGUACGCGUCCAUCAACCGCGCCGUGCCGCAGAUGCCCACCGGCAUGGAGAAGGAGGAGGAGUCGGAGCACCACCUCCAGCGGGCCAUCUCAGCGCAGCAGGUGUACGGCGAGAAGAGGGAUAACAUGGUCAUUCCCGUCCCGGAGGCAGAGAGCAACAUCGCUUACUAUGAGUCCAUCUACCCUGGGGAGUUCAAGAUGCCAAAGCAGCUCAUUCACAUACAGCCUUUUAGUUUGGACACUGAACAGCCUGAUUAUGAUUUGGAUUCUGAAGAUGAAGUGUUUGUGAAUAAACUGAAAAAGAAAAUGGACAUCUGCCCAUUGCAGUUUGAGGAGAUGAUUGACCGUCUGGAAAAAGGCAGUGGUCAGCAGUCAGUCAGUCCGCAGGAAGCCAAACUACUGCUAAAAGAAGACGAUGAGUUAAUUAGAGAAGUCUAUGAAUACUGGAUUAAAAAGAGGAAAACCUGUCGAGGGCCGUCUCUUAUUCCAUCAGUAAAACAAGAGAAACGAGAUGGUUCGAGCACAAAUGACCCGUACGUGGCUUUCAGGAGACGCACCGAGAAAAUGCAGACCCGGAAAAACCGUAAAAAUGAUGAAGCCUCUUAUGAGAAAAUGCUUAAGCUGCGUCGGGAUCUAAGCCGAGCUGUUACGAUUCUGGAGAUGAUCAAAAGGAGAGAGAAGAGCAAACGGGAGCUGCUGCACUUAACACUGGAAAUUAUGGAAAAGAGGUAUAAUUUGGGUGACUACAAUGGAGAGGUCAUGUCUGAGGUUAUGGCCCAGAGACAGCCGGUGAAACCUACUCACACAGUCCCCAUUGUCCCAGUGACCAACAGCAGUCAGUUUAAGCGUCAGGAAGCCAUGGACAUGAAGGACUUUAAAGUUAACAAGCAGGAUAAAGCCGACCUCGCCCUCGCCCGGCCUAAGCGCAAAUACGAGAAGAAGCCCAAAGUCUCGCCGUCGUCUGCUGCGGCUCCUCCUCAGCAGACGAGCCCUGCCACCCUGCCGGCCUUCAGCGCUAAAGACCUGAACCAGUAUGACUUCCCCAGCUCCGACGAAGAGCCCCUUUCCCAGGUUUUGUCCGGCUCUUCGGAAGCGGAGGAAGAGAACGACCCUGACGGUCCUUUUGCUUUCCGGAGGAGAGCGGGCUGUCAGUACUACGCUCCUCACUUAGACCAAACUGGCAACUGGCCUUGGGCUAGUCCUGAAGACGGCGGAUUAGGGGACGUGCGGUAUAGAUACUGCUUAACCACGCUCACUGUACCCCAAAGGUGCAUCGGCCUUGCACGGAGACGGCUUGGGCGUGGAGGAAGGGUCUUGCUAGAUAGAGCUUACUCGCACUACGACAGUGUAUUUCGACAGCUGGAUUUGGACACGCUUUCCUCACCGCGACAUUCUCCAGUCAAUCAGUUUGCCAUUACCUCAGAAACAAAUACCUCGGACAAAUCUUUCUCUAAAGACCUCAGUCAGAUCCUAGUCAAUAUCAAAUCAUGUAGAUGGCGGCAUUUCAGGCCUCGGACACCAUCCCUACAUGACAGUGACAGUGACGAACUCUCCUGUAGAAGGCUGUGUAGGAGUCUGAACCGAGCGGGGCCAGCUCAGCCCGGGACCCAGAUGUGCAGUACCUCCACGCAGAGCCGGAGUGGCGGGGGCCCAGCACACCUCGCGUUCACAGCCGAGCAGUACCAGCACCACCAGCAGCAGCUGGCACUGAUGCAGAAGCAGCAGCUGGCACAGACCCAGCAACAGCAAGCCAGCAGCAACUCCUCCACCAACACGUCACAGGGUUUUGUUUCCAAGACUUUGGAUUCCGCUAGUGCUCAGUUUGCUGCUUCUGCUUUGGUGACAUCAGAGCAGCUGAUGGGGUUCAAGAUGAAAGAUGAUGUGGUGCUUGGAAUUGGGGUGAAUGGUGUCCUUCCAGCCUCAGGAGUCUACAAGGGCUUACACCUCAGCAGUACCACACCUGCCGCACUUGUCCAUACAAAUCCGUCCACAGCAGCUUCCACUUUGUUGCAGCCUUCAAACCUGACACAGACAUCAGCUUCCCACAGUGCGCUGAGCCACCAGGUCCCUGCCUCCAACUCCACAACAACUCAGGUUCUGAUUGGGAACAACAUCCGCCUGACCGUCCCCUCGUCGGUGGCCACUGUAAACUCUCUUGCCCCCAUAAACGCACGACACAUACCCAGGACGUUAAGUGCUGUCCCGUCGUCUGCCUUAAAGCUGGCCACCGCAGCCAACUGUCAAGUCUCCAAGGUCCCGUCUUCGUCUUCUGUGGAUUCAGUCCCAAGCAGGGAAAACCACGAGUCGGAGAAGCCAGCACUCAACAACAUAGCAGACAACACAGUCGCCAUGGAGGUGACGUAGCUCUGCGGGAUGGGGCCGCGGCCCGGGACUGGACUCGGUGCUCUGCAUCCGCAGCAUUGGGACGCAGCACACACGCUUCUGUGGCAGCUGUGGGGACUGGGCGGCGACGCGCACCUCCCUGCUUCAAGUUCCUUUUCUUACUGUUCAUAGGAAGAAUCAGCACCUGUAAAUUAAGAAUACAGCCACUCUGUACAGUACCGCAUAUUUGUAAUUCCCCUGUAUAUAUGUUACUUGAACACCGAACGUUCAUUCGUGAUGCUUUGCACUUGGGGUGGGUGGGAGGGACAGCGGCUGCGACGGGAGUGAGGCGUGAGGUGAGCGCCUGCCUGCCUGCCUGCGGGCGGCGUGCGACAUGUGCAUGGUGCGGGACCUGCUGUUGGCCUAUUUAUUGUGUCGUGUUUACAGGUUUUGUACACUGUACCUUCAUUGGUCCCUGUGCUGUAGUAAAUGUGUUAGGUAGCUGUGACUCCUUGGUAUUUUGUAAAUGGUGUAACAUAACUUGGUUCCCCUCUGGGUCCCUGAGUUUUCUGUGUAUCAUGUGAAAAAAAAGAAAUGGUGACAUACAUACAGGAUUUUACAAAAAAAAAAAAAAAAAGAAAAGAAAAAAAAGGCAUCAGUUUUUUUUAAAUGGGGAAUGUACUGUUGAAGGGGGGUCUUCCUGGCCACUACCGUUGGGACAAGCAACAGGCUGAGGUGAGUCUCUGGAGUCUCCCUCCCGCCGCUGCCACAGAGCCGGGCACCGGCACUUCAGCACUGACGCUCCCCGCCGCCCUGCACAGCCCCCAGCCCCUCCCUCCACACCAAAAAGUGUUGAAUCAAGUCUGCAAACGGAGUCCUUACAACUGGAGUUUAUGUUGUCUUGCCCUUUUUUAGCACAAAAAAAAAAAUUGUACUUUUUUAUCGUCGAAUUGUUUAAAAGACUUCCUUCUUUACUUGUUCUGACGCAAAGGAUCUGAGGGAGAAGAAUGCAGUAAUUGCUGUGCGUGCAUCAUCAUUCCAGUUUCUAAAGACAGCCAGCCAGCUUUUUUCCUUUUAAGAUUCUCCAGAAGGCUGCAAGGCCAGAACCACACAUAUCGGGUGCCUUCCUUUGGAAAUAUUGACUUCUCUUCUGUGAAGAGAAUGGUACUUAACAGACUACUACUAGUGCUUUGGCAGUUCCGAAGUCUGAAUGCCCAGUCCAGCGGCAAACAUCCUUAAGGUUUUUAAUCCCACCUGGAAAAAUUGUGAUAGAAUUCUCACAAAAUAAACCCAGGGCAUUACAUGUUGACAAACUAA